AUGUUAAACACCCACCCACAUAAACACCCACACAAGCACCCACACAAGCAACACACAUACACAGCCACCCGCCCACCCACAAACAACCACCCACACACAAUAACCCAACACACUCUCUCUCUCUCUCUCUCUCUCUCUCUCUCUUCAUCUAUAUCAUCUAGUAUGUUCAGGGGUCUGGAUAUCACAGACCCUGGGCAAGUGGUGUACAAAGAAGACACAAUCAGCGGAGUGGUGGAACAUGAAGUAACCCUGAAAUGUGGUCUCAGCCUCCCUGAUAUCUACAUCUGGAGCUUCACCAAACCAGGCACGGAGACGAUUCGAGCCGUGGUGUAUAACUUUGGAAAGGGUCCAAAGCUUCAGCAACUGGCCCAGGAUUUGGGUGACCUGAACAUCAGCAACAGUGCCUCUCUGUACAUAGAGAAGCUUCCUUUAGCAGCAGAGGGCUUAUACACCUGCCAGGCUCUGUAUGACACUGCUGAAGGGGCCAAGCUUUACUACUACUACUUGUAUCUGCGUGUUCUAGUGCCAGUCUCCAAACCAUAUGUUUUAAAAAGUGACUCUUCAGCAGUUGAAGGUUUGUCACUUUGGAUGCACUGCAGUCUGGAGAAUGGCACAGAACCCAUACACUAUAUCUGGGAACAGGAGAACAGCAUUGGGCAGGUCAGCAUAUUGGCUGAGAGCAACAGCAGUCUGGUAAACAUAACUUUGGUGACCCGCAACCACACAGGUUGGUUCAGGUGCCUGGCCAGGAAUGAGGUCAAUGAGCAGUGCAGUGACUGGAUCUGGAUAGAUGUCUUAUUUGGACCUGAUCUUCCUCAGAUUGAUGGCACAACAUAUUCAGUAACAUCUCAAGGAUAUUCUGUCCUGGAAAAAAGAAACAUCUCCCUCAUAUGUCAAGCCUCCUCUAACCCUCCCAGCCAGUACAUCUGGUUCUACAACAACUCAGAGAUCUACUCUGGACCACAGCUCACCAUCACCAACAUCCUACGUGUAGACACAGGCCACUAUACCUGCCUGGCCCAGAACACUUUCCUUAACACACGUUCUAAAAAAACCAUCACUCUCACCAUCUACUACCCUCCAGAUGGUGUGCCAACUUGUUCCAUCUUCCCAGUGAAGAACUACACUGACCUGGCUCUCUUCUGCUCAUGGAAGGGAGGUUAUCCUCCAGCUACUCUCAAAUGGAGUCCAUAUGUCAAUGGAGAGAAUGGACAGGGUAUCACUAAUGUCACUCAGAUUCAACCAGGUCUGGAGACUGCUAACAACUCCGUAUACACCUGCUAUGGCUCACAUGUUGCACUAAACUUCAAUCAGACCUGCAGCACAAGGAUAUGUGAGUAUGGGGUACAUUGGUAUAUAUAUAUGUUUCCUUUACUUAUGAAAAAAAGGCUGCCAAAUGGAGAACCCCAGUGUUCUGCAAACUCUAGCCAUAGUAAUGACUACCUGACAUUGUCCUGUUCAUGGGAGGGUGGAUUCCCUCACGCUCUGCUAUGGUGGGCUUCCAGUUUUGGAGAGAUGCAGGGUACAUCUAAGGAAGCCACCAACAUCUUGAUCCUGAAUUCAAGUGCAACGUACAAUGGCAAAACCUUUGUUUGUCAUGCCAAGCAUCCACUGGUUAAAGAAAGCAAGCAGUGUGUGAUCAAAUUGGAGAUGCCAGUGUUGAUGACUCAGCGCAGUGUGGUUUCAGUGUAUGAGGGCAAUGAUGUUCAGCUCACCUGUAUUCUGAGCAAUAACUACCCACCAGUCACAGAGGUCACCUGGUAUAACAACUCAAAUCAGAAUGUUGGUGAGGCACCCAGGAAGUAUGUCCUGCAGCAAGAUGGUGCCUGGUUUAACCUGACAGUGAGGGAGACAGACAUCAUGGUGGACAGUGGACAGUACUGGUGUUCUACUGCUAAUGCUGUUGGAGGAGCAAAGAUUCCCAUUUUGCUUCUGGUUAUGAGACACCCAUUGCCUCCAAAUGUAACAAUCAGUAAGCUCAUAUACAGUGGGCGCCAGAGAACAGAUGUUAAUUUGGAAUGGCUAAUUCAGACAGAUGCUAACCUCACUGGGUUCUUCAUCGAGUAUCAGAGGCUUCCUGUCCCUGUAGGAAGGAGUGAUAUUGCCUCCCUCUGGCAAAAAGUGGCAGAAAUUUUGAAGCCCAGUACCCGCAGCUACCAGAUCACCAAUCUGGAUCCAACCAGCAAAUAUGCAUUCCGUGUAACAGCUAUCAAUCACCGAACCGUUGGAAAUCCUGCAGAGGUCAUGAGUCCAGCGUCAGUUCCAGUUUCUAAGCCAUACAUCAUGCUGAGUGACUCGUCACCUCUGGAAGGUGCAUCAGUGUCAAUACGAUGUGACCUGGAGAAUGGUACAGAUCCUAUUUACUACUUCUGGGAACAGGAGAGCCGCAGUGGUCUGGUUACAAUAUUGUCUGUGAGCAACAGUAGUCUAAUUAACAUUACCUGGGUGACCCGUAACCACACUGGCUGGUUCAGGUGCCUGGCCAAGAACGAGGUCAGUCAGCAGCGCAGUGACCGGAUCUGGUUGGAUGUCAUAUAUGGUCCUGACUUGCCUCAAAUACAUUCCUUUGGCUACUCGGUCACAGAGAUGGGAUUCUCAGUCCUUGAGAAAGAAAAUAUCUCCCUUAUGUGUCAAGCCUCCUCCAACCCCCCCAGUCAAUAUGUCUGGUUCUACAACAACUCACAGGUCUAUGCUGGACCACAGCUUACCAUCACCAAGAUCAUCAGAAUGCACUCAGGGAGCUACACCUGCAUGGCUCAGAACACUUACCUGAACACUCACUCCAAGAAAACUAUCACAAUCAUCGUUUAUUAUCCACCAGAUGGCAUUCCAUCAUGUACCAUGAUCCCAGCUAAUAACUACUCUGACCUAGCUCUCUUCUGUUCCUGGGAUGGAGGUUACCCUCCAGCUACAUUGAAUUGGAGUCCACAUGUGAAUGAGAAUGGAGACAAUGGAGAAGUUAUCACUAAUAUCACUCGAAUUCAGCCAGGGUCUGAUACGGCUAACAAUUCGGUAUUCACCUGCUAUGGCUCACAUGUUGCACUAAACAGCACCCAAUCCUGCAGCACCAGGACAUUUUUUCAUACAAAUAUCAUGUGGUUCUUAGGGCUGCCCUAUGGAGAACCCAGGUGUUCUGCAAAUUCCAGUCGUAAUAAUGAGUACCUAAUGCUUUCCUGCUCCUGGUAUGGUGGUUUCCCUAAGACUCUGCUGUGGUGGGCCUCUAGUUCAGGGGAUAUGCAGGGCACAUCUGAGUUACAUACCAGCACUCUGGUCCUGCGCUCCAGUGCUAACUACAGUGGCAAAACAUUUGUUUGUCAUGCCAAACAUCCACUGGUUAGAGAGAGCAAGCAAUGCGGUUUAAAAUUGGAGGCACCAGUCUUGAUGACUCAGCGCAGUGUGGUUUCAGUCUUUGAAGGCACUGAUGCUCUACUCACUUGCAUACUGAGUAAAAACUACCCCAUGGUCACAGAGAUCACCUGGUACAACAAUAUGAAGCAAAAGGUGGGGGACAAUCCCAGGAAAUAUAUCAUUCAGCAAGCUGCUGGAUGGUCUUUGACCGUGCGACAGACAGAUGGAAUGGUGGACAGUGGACAGUACUGGUGUUCUGCUACCAAUGCUGUUGGAGCAGCAGAGAUCCCAGUCAUGCUGCUGGUGAUAAGUGAGUGGUCUCCAAUUUAAUGUAUAGUUACAGAGACAUGGUUUUAAUGACUUCAAUCGCUCAUCUUCACUUUAACUGGGCAGGUUUGCAGUGGAUUUGAAGCCUAUUCCGGGAACACACCCUGAAUAGGACACCAGUCCUUUGCAGGGCACCACACAGACUGUAAUUUGCUGCUGUUGUCAAGCAAUUGUUUGAUGCCGUACACAACAGUGCUCCACCUUUGUGCACUCGCUGAGUGUAGGCUCAUGGUUGAGAGGCAGAAAUUUGCUCAAUAGUUGCUGCAAGCCCUUUAUAAUCGACCAACUGGUGUGCGAGAGCUCGGGAAUUACAGAGCAGGGUUAAAGCAAUAGAAAUAUGCACACACAUGUUGCAGUGUUAGACCAUAAGCACAUCAUAAUGAAACUAAAGCAGAA